AUGGAAAACUCAGCGGAAGCUCCAUUGAUAUCGCAUCGCGACGACGAUCUAGAUGAUGAAUCCCACUCAGAAUUCGAAGAUAAUGAGGAUGUAAGCGUCGAAUGGCCGGCCGGCCGGCCGGGACUCUUCAUCAGUCUUUUAACUCUGUCCGCCGGCAUUAAUGACACGGGAGUCAUCUCCGCAACUCUAGUAUCGAUAGGCAAAUCGCUUUCCGAUCGGUCAUUAAACUCCCUCGAUAAAUCCAUCAUUACCUCGUGCACCUCGUUGUUUGCCCUCAUCGCUUCUCCGAUUUCCUCCGUUCUAGCCGAUCACUUUGGGCGAAAGCCUGUUAUAUUGCUAUCGGAUUUGCUCUUCGUAUUCGGCGCCUUGGUGCAGGCCUUUAGCUAUAAAGUAUGGGGAAUGGUACUGGGAAGGUCGAUAGUAGGAGCUGCUGUGGGCGCCGCGAGUUUCGUUACGCCGUUGUAUAUCGCCGAGCUUGCGCCUCCUGCCCAUCGUGGUAGGCUGGUGACGAUGAAUUCUAUGUCGGUCACAUUGGGUCAGGUCGUAGCUUACGUGAUUGGUUGGAUCUUCGCUGAACAUGGUGAUCCUUCUAUAGGAUGGAGAUGGAUGGUGGGCUUAGGUGCUCUUCCAGCUGCUCUACAAUGCAUCUUCCUGCUCUUCAUGCCCGAAACUCCACGUUGGCUCGUAAAAGCUGGGAAGUCUAUGGAGGCCCAGCGGAUUAUUGAGAAGACUUUAGGGUCCGACGUAAAUAAGCAUUUAAUCGUCAGCGUCGUAAAGGGUAUCGAAAGAGAGCUUAGAGAAGAACAAGGCAACGCAGCCUUGGCAACAGAUGGAGUGAAAAGUGGUAGUUGGCUCAAGGGAUGGGAUGAGCUAAUCAGGGUGCCAAAAAAUCGGAGGGCACUAAUCAUCGCGUGUUUUCUUCAAGGCCUACAACAGUUUUGCGGUUUCAAUUCGUUGAUGUAUUUUUCUGCGACGAUUUUCACGAUGUUGGGUUUUUCGAUACCAACACUCACUUCAUUAACUGUUGCUGCGACCAAUUUUGCUUUUACCGUACUCGCAUUAUUCCUAGUCGAUAGAAUCGGCCGUAGGCGGAUCUUACUAUAUUCGGUACCUUUCAUGGUAGUUGGCCUUUUCUUAUCAGCCUUCGGCUUCAGUUUCGUGAAGUUACCAUCUGAGGGGACUAAUGGCAAUUCUUCCAUGCCUGCGACGACUGAUUCUGGAUCGCCAACGUCGUCUCAAAAUGCAGCCGUUGUCAUCUUGGUAAGCAUCAUGACAUAUGUGGCUUCUUACGCUAUAGGACUUGGAAACAUUCCUUGGAUGCAAAGUGAGCUCUUUCCGCUCAGUGUAAGGUCACUUGGCAGCGGAUUAGCGACGGCUACGAACUGGACGGCGAAUUUCAUAAUUGGUUUAACAUUCUUGCCCUUGCUAAUCUAUGACAGGAUGGAUUUACUGACCCCAUCGGUGACGUUCGGCUUAUACGGACUCAUAUGCGUCGUUGGGUGGGUUGGCAUUUGGAGAAUAUAUCCGGAGACAGCGGGCUUAAGUCUCGAAGAAGUCACCUGUCUACUAGAAAACGGUUGGGGCGUAGAAUAA